GGUCGAAUGCGAGGAGCACUUCCGGCCCCAGUCCGACUGCCGUGGCCGCCGUCUUCUUCCUGUUCUCGCUCCGGCUCCUUCUUCCUCGCUGUGCGGUGAACCGGCGAGAUGAGGCGCGGCCCCAUCGCCCAGACGCGCGGUGGAACCGACGGUGAAAGCCUGACGACGGGCGAAGAGAGGAGCAGUCGUUCGCCAAAUAGAAGAAAAACAGAUGAAGUAGACAGCGGUCCAGCAAAGAGAAAUUGGAGUCCUAAAGAUGAAUCUGACUUUAGCCAAUCGGGUGAUGAAGCCACUGACUCGGACGUGGACCAGGGAGCAGGUGGCGAUUCACCGAUAGUUAGCAGGACACGUUCACGGAUUUCUUCAGAUCAACUUCUACACCAACAGCCCAUCAUAAGUCAAAGACCUCUUCGUUCAACCCAAGCACAAAAGAAUGACAGGACUCAAUCAAGUAAAGCUAAUAUUAAGCGUGAACCUCCAGUAGCUUUGUUUUUAUCCCACAGUACUGUGUCUCGCACAGACCCUUCCCUGAAGAAAGGAGAAACAGUCAGAAGACCUGCACAGGAAGAGAGACUCGAUACCUCAAACAAGCAUGUGGCCUUGAUUGGAAUGAUUGUAGUGAUAGUUUGCACCGUACUGUUCCUUCUGUUUGUGAGCAAGCCCCAGGCUGCUAGUUUAGUUCCGAAGACAGCACUAACUGUAUUUUUGGACAAGUUUGAGCAAGUUGAAGCCCUGUUCUACGGACAACAGUCAGCACUGUGGAAGAGAAGCAGGAUCACACUGCGCAACCAGAUUAAUCAAACCAAACAUGAGAAACCUGCCAUCCUGAUGUUUGCUGCUGCGUGGGAUGGGCAGCAGACCAUGAGGUGCCUCGCUCGCCAGAUUGCAAAUGCUUACUCCGUAGCCCUCAAUGCUACAGCAAUGGUGGAAAUCAACUCAACGGUCAGUAGUGGCUGGGACAGUGACGUUGUGAAACUGGAGGUGGAUACGCAGCUUUCAUCUGGGUUUGACAAAGGUAGCAAGGUAGCAGUGGUUCACCAUUUCCAGGACAUGCCCCCAUUGUCCACCCUGAUCUUCUACAAGUACUGUGACCAUGAGAAUGCAGCCUAUAAAGCAGUUGCCCUGCUCCUCACUGUUCUCCUGGAUGAGGAGAAACUAGCACCGGACAUUGGCUUGAGAGUUUUGGAAAUGAAGGUCCGUGAUUUUCUGAAAAGGAGAUUUUCCUCUGCCGAAGGUAGCAAAGGCAUGGACACCGACAAACUGAGUGGCCUGUGGAGUCGCAUUGCACAUGUUGUGCUUCCAGUGGCACCAAUACGUGAGAUAGAGGAAAGAGGUUGUGAUUCUAAAGAAGGUUGGAAGUAAUCCAUGGGGAGGUUUAAUCAAAGGAGGUUUAAACGAUUGUACUUGAUUCCCCGUUCCUCAUUCCUUGACACCCGAUCUCUCUCCAUUUGGUUCCCUGUCAGGUGUACAUUCUGGUGUGUUUGUCUCGGGUGUACGUCGAGGAUUUUCAAAUGAUGAUUCUUGGGUGAGGGAGGCUGAUCCCAGUCACAGAUGUAUCACUCAAGUGAAAUCCAAACACCUGAGCAGUAUCCUUGUAACCAGUUCUUGCCAACAAGACUAACCAUUCUCUUCUGCUUGUUGAUGGAGGGGUUGGUGUGGCAGUUUGCAAAUCUUAAAUUGCAAGUAAAAUGUUUUAAAAUUGUGUUGAAACAGCCUUCAAUGGAGCAGACCCCUUUUAUGCAAUGGCUAAAGAGGAAAUCUUAGCUGCAUUAUUGCUUCAUAAAACCCAACAAAUGCAUAACUGCUUUUGUGGGAUAUGUCAUAAAAUAUUGUCCAGAAGGCCUUCCAUCAAAACAGUUUUGCUUUUGAAAUUUCUGUGCCUUUCAUUGUCUUAGAACGUCUCUAGAUGCCUUAGACUAGAUUCGCCGAUAAAAUGCAGUCAAUCUAUGUGUAAAAAAAAGUUUUGCAUCAUUUAAUUUGGACCAGAUAAUCUUUGUUUGGGGGAGAAAGUGAGAGGAUUUUGUGGCAGCUUAAGUAAUAUGGGAUAUCUUGUAUCCAACUGAAGGAGAAGAUGACAUUUUGGUUUUGCUUUCUCGGUUAACAAGUGCUUUCACAAUGCAGAACAAGUGCCAACCUAGAUUAUGUGCUCAAGUCCCUACACUUGGACUCUACCUACAACCUUGUUACUCAAAGUGAGUGGUACCUUCUGAGCCACAUUGCUUUCCUGCUGUUAGAUUGCUAUCGCUUAUGUGCCCAGCUUUAAAAUGCACGCAUAAAUCGGCAUAACUCCUGGAGUGAUCUUAAACUUGGUUUCCAUUAUAUCUCCUUAACCUUUUGCUCAAGAUGGAACAUUACAAGGUGAAACAUGGUAGAAUCAUAUAAACACCUUGUAUUCAUGAUAUAAUAGAUGUGCUAUUGUGAAUUAUUUACCAAUUUCAAGAAUAAUUAAUCAUCUCUUCCACUAGAGUAACUCAUAACUUGCCCUAGCCUGUAAGCUACUUCAGUGGAAGCAAAACUGUGGAAAAAAUGGUUCAAUGUGGGACUUUGGAUGCCCAUAGAUGAAACUAUCAGAAGGAAAAUUUUCUGUUAAAUUUUAUAAACUGUAUGUAUUUAUGAAAUUGCCUCUUUCAAAGCGUACAUCUCGAUAAUUUGUGGAAUGGGACAGCAUAUUCAAAGUUGAAUGUAAAAGCAAGUUUUAUUAUGGUUGGAAAUUAUACUGUUGAGAGUUCAAAUGCGGGUUAAGAUUAGUUUGGAAUAAUGUCUGUUCUACCACCCAACUACUGUCACCCGUUUAUUGGGUCCUUUUGUAUUACGUUUCCUUUCAUGAACCUGAGUUUUAAUGUUAUUGAUGAACUUGAGUCCUCCUCUGAACCACAGAGACAGCUGCAGAAAACCUUCUUUCAUGUGAUCAGGUCUGGUAUCACAAUCUGGGCCUCCAAUAAACAUACAGUCCUCUCUUACAAUUAAAAAAAAAAAAAAUUCUCAACCAAGAGUGAAUGGACAUAUGCCGUAAAAUAUAGCAAGUGCUUCCUACAAAUAUUUGUUUGAUCUGUAGUGUUUUCUCUCCAUGUACAGUCUUGUCAGACCAUAUACCAUCACAUAUAGUCUUGGCAGACUAGCCUUAUAGAAAGAACACUGUUUAACUUGAGUGCUACCCAGGAUCAUCUCUUUGCAUUCCCCAUAUUACUGCAGUGACCACACUUCAAAAAUACUUCAUGGACUAUAAAGGUCAUUAGGCAUCAAGAGAGAGUGGGAAAACAUAACAUAAUUGGAAGAUCUCUUCCCAACUGAAUUAAAAUCUUAAUUGUGUUUCUUUUUACACUAACAUAAAACUCAAGGACUGUAGUUUAUAAUAAUGUAUUACAUCCAAAUUGCAAUGUCUACCAUUAUUUUUCCUGCAAUUUUAUGUAAUCAGGUUGUGGUUAAAAAUAAAAAUUGUAUUUUUUAAAAUUAUGUAGAUCUUUGUUCAUGAGCAAGUAUCCAUUUGCUAAUUUCAGAAAGGGAAAGUCAACUUCAGAAAGGGAGAGCACAUGCCAGUGGUGGGUCAGUGGAGAGGGUAGGAACUUCAAAUUUCUAGGCAUUAACAUCUCAGACCAUCUCUCCUAGUGCAAACAUACCAAUGUAAUUGCCUGGAAGGUGCAUCAGUGCCUGUAUUUUUGUAAAGUCUUAAACAUUUUAGGAUGUCACUGAAUACUCCACCAAACCUCUACAGAUGCACUACAGACAGUGUCCCGAUUUGUUUUGUCAUGACCUGCUAUGGCAAUUCCAACGUACAGGAAUGCAAGAGGCUGCAGAGAGUGGUGGACUCAGAUAGUCCUUCACAGGCACAGCCAUCCCCACCAUCAAACCUAUCUAUAUGGUGCUGCCUUAAAGCAAUAUCCAUCAUCAAGGAUCUUUAUCUGCCCUAUUCUUGUUUAUACCGUCAGGCAGGAGCUACCGUCUUGUUUAUACCGUCAGGCAGGAGUUACAGAAGCCUAAAGACCCACACCACCAGGUUUAUGUAAAACCUCUUUUCCUACAAUCAUCAAUUUCUUGAACUGACCCGCACAACUCUAAUCCGAUCUCGGCAAUGAUGCACUAAGGAAUGCACUACAAAGGCCUUGUUUUCUAAUAUAUUUGGCACUAAUGUCUUGUUUUUGCACAGUUUUUCUUUUUACCGUUUUGUACAUUUAUGUAUAAUUUAUGUUUUGUGUGUUCACUGAGUCUAUCUGCUUGUGAUGCUGCUGCAAGCUAGAUUUUCAUUGUACCUGUACCUCACCGUACUUGUACAUAUGACAGUAAACUCAUCUUGAUUGAAG